CUAACCAAUUGCCAUUGCCGUUCAGAAACCAAACGUUACAUUCCCGUCUGAAUGCUCGAUGUUUUAUAGUCCCGCUAUUGUACAAAAAUCAAGCGAUUAUUAGAUCUUAGUGUCUAAGCACGUUUUUUCGUAAGUAAAUUUUUCAGCACAUUCCUCGAAGUAGCAAGAGUCGCGAUUGAAAUGCUCCUCGAUGCCAAAAUGAACUGUCAUUGUCAUUGUGACACGGGAAAUCCUUAAGAUUAGGAAACAAUGAUGAAGAACACGCGUUGCCGCGAUUCCACCAGGAUGCCUGUAAACAAGAUUUUGUAUUUGGCCCUGCCGAUAAUACUCGCAAAUCUUUACGUGUCCGCCGAUGACAGCGGAAAUGUCAUCAAUGCCACUGUCAAGUGCCAAUCUGGCAAAUCACUGCGCAAACAGGUGUCGGUGGAACCCUUGAACGGCAUGUGCCUGCGAGACGUCGUGGUCCAUCUAUCGAAGAGACUGCGAUCCGUCGUCGACGAGGAACUCGGCGUGUCCACGUUCCAGGAUACGAUCGGCAAGAUAGAAUUCGCGAACGUCUCCAGUAAUCUCGAUGCGAGACUGAACGCGUUAGUUGAUAAGUUCAACAAUAAAUUAAGAAUGCACAUCGAUGUCCUCAAACAGGGCUACAAUGCCAUAUACCCCAUUCUAUCGAAGGGAAUUCGUACUGUUUAUUCUAGUCAAAUGGUUGAUUUGGACAUGAUACCGAUGAACGGAGCUUCGGAUAUAUGUACACAAAUUUUAACAGAAUUUGCAGCAAAGUUAAGAGGUCAAGAAUGGAAAAACUUGCAUGUACUACCGAUAAGCCAACCAAGUGUGAUAUGUGGAUCAUCCACAUUGCCUCACAUUAUUGGAUCACUUUUAUUAUCUCAAUACUGUCCCGAGAAGAAUGUCAUUUUGCUAUUGGAGCAUGGCACAUUUAUGUCUGAAUCUGAUUUUGCUUCGGCCAAAACAGCAGCCAAAACUAUCAUAGAUAUGCUUUCUGAAACAGAUAAUGUUACUGUUGUUGGCCUUGCUAAUACCACUCCUGUAUUUUGCAAAAAUGGCUUGUUGAAAGCAACAGAUAUCAAUAAAUUUCAACUAGCUCGUUAUAUCGAUAGUUUAACUAGAAUAGAUUCAAAUCAGACGACACAGAUUGAUUUUAGAAAAUUAACACAAAAUUUAAGGCACGAAAUGGUUAUUAUACAUGUGACUAACACAUUAAAAGAUACAUCAAAUGUACAAAGAGUGUUUGAAAUAAUCUCAGAAAGACUUAAGUCUUAUCUCAGAACUAUACUUAUUGUUUCGGAUCAACAACCACACAUCAGUGUUAAACAGCAUAUAAAUAAUAAUAAUGUUAUUGUUCUUCCAACGCAAAAUAUUUUUGGAUAUGAGAUAGGAAAAUUAUUUUCUUGCUUGCAAUGUCCUGAUUAUCAUAAGAAAGAUUUUUAUGUAUCAGAUCCAUAUUUUGAUGUAUAUAGCAAGACAAUGACAUUAUCUAUUGGACAGAUUACAAGUAUUGCACUACUAUCCUUAGAUAUAAAAUUGAGUAAUUUCCUCGACGACAUAACAUAUUUUAAUGCUGGUCCAAACACAUAUGUAAUAUUCUUCGAUAAUAAAGGUGUGAUUUGGAUGCAUAAAAAUUUUCCCAGGAUUGAGACAAUAAUGGAACAACCACUUAAAGUGCAUUUGCAAGACAUUGAAAAUAUAGAUAAUUACGCAGUAAUGAAAAUGAUAGAUGAGAUGCAAGGAGUCAUAAAUGUGAAAACAAAAUUGGGCGAGCAGAAGCUGUAUAGAUGGAAACACUUAAUUUAUGGUGACUUGAUAAUAUGCCUGGUAUCCACGACUAAGGAGGGAAUGUUGCCUGUUGCAAGAACUGUGCCUUUACUACCUACAAACAUAUUACAUCAUCGCCUCGAUCUUAUGCUUCAGACUGUCAUUGAUAAAGAUACACUCUGCACUUAUAGAAAUAGGAUUGUAACUUUAUCAACAGGUGUAGUUUAUUUAUCACCUUGGUGUUUUCAAUCUCCAAUGGAGCAACUGGAGUUGCUAGAAACUGGUUCGGCUAUGACUGUACAAAGUUAUAUGGCAUACAUAAAAGAUUUAACAGGUCUUUUAGCAAAUCCUGGUUUACAUCCAUCUGUAAAACCAGAUGUAGCAAUCUUAGCACAAACUUUGGAACAUUUUAAAAAGCAACAUACUGAGAGUUCAUUAAAUAAAUUUGUAAUAAGAAGAUAUGUUGUGAGUACAGUCAGUGGUGUAUUGGAGAUAUUUCCAGGAAUGGUAUUAGAUUCCGGUUUUGAUCCCAAGAGGCGAAUGUGGUAUGGAAAAGCAGUAGACUAUCCUGAUAAGAUAAUUUUGACUCCGCCUUACUUAGAUGCGGGUGGAUCGGGUUACGUAGUUACUUUAAGUCAAGCUGUUAAAUAUUCCCUGGGCAAUAAAAGUACAGAUUAUGUUAUUGCCGUCCUGGCUAUGGAUAUUACAAUGGGUUACGUCAUGAGACUGCUAUUGGAAAUGUUUCCAUUCUGUAAUGAUGCAACUGUAAAAUGUUUCUUGAUGGAUGACAAAGGCUAUUUGGUGUCACAUCCGGCAUUGUUGGAAGCAACAAGCAAGAUUGAGCAGCAGCAGCAGCAUCUGACGCAUAAAGAGCUUUUAGUAGCUAAUGAUAUAUUGAAUCACGGACUGUUUGUGAAGAAAAAAUCGUGUGCCAAUCAUUUGGAGGGCAUUGUGCAAAGAUAUUAUCAAUUUAAUAUGUCACUCGACGAAGUGCUUACUAAUAUAGCACAUGGCGAGCACUGCGUUAGAUAUCAGGUAGCUGCUGUACCAAAUACUAAUGUAUUCCUUGGUGUUGUCAAUGUGACAACUCAGUGCAAUCUGCUUAGAGCUUUUUGUCCGUGCAGUAUGAUGGAUCAUUCUUGCCUAAACUGCAAAAGUAUGGAACAAACUGGUUGUGAAUGUCCUUGCGAAUGCUCCUUGUAUUCUUCUACCUGCACACAACCAAGUAUCGAUAAUUUAAAUUCUUGUCCACCUCUAUAUGAGCAAGGCUCGAGUUUACAAACUCCGUGGAUACAACCGCCGAAUUUGAAAUCGUGUCCUUUUAUCGAUUGCAAAUUAUUCACAACAAAGAAAGAUUGCUUGGGUGUCGCGGAUUGUCAAUGGUGUCACGUCGACACCGAUGGAGAAACUCCUUUGCAACAACCAUUUUGCUCCGACAUGUCCGUAUGUUUCAAAGGAAUCUUCGGAUCUUUGAUACCUUACAGCGAUGGCACUUACAAUUCACAGUCGACAGAUGAGGUCGUGACAGGAGAGUGGCCAUCGGUCGGUCUGGUGGCCGGUGUAAUUCUUGCAUUAGUCUUGAUUCUAAGCAUCAUUCUAUUUUGCUAUAGACUUCGAUCGGUAAAUUCAGGCGUGGAGCAUCAAUUCUUACAUCUCCAUACCUCGCCCGAUACGUUGCGCAUGACGCAUCUCGAGGGCGAUCUGGAGCCCGCGGAAUUAGAUCAAACGAAAAGCAAUUUGGAUUGCCUUGUAAGAGAUGGUGUCGCACCCAUAUCACCGUAUAGAGUUUCUACCAAUUAUAGAAGACCACCUGGUGGAGAUAGCGAUCAUGGGUAUAGCACAAUGACGCCACACGAUGAUUCGGAGCAGCAGACGUUUGCCUCUGAACCUCUGCUAGUUGUCGACAAUAACAUCGAACCGGAUUUGACGAGGCAGUCAGGCAUUGGAAUGCCUUCUCCUACAACGUAUUUGGGAUCUCCGCAUCACGUUUUAGCACCUGUAACCGUCCAUCGUGAUAUGGAAACAAACUAUUGUUAGUGAACUGGAUUUACAUUACCAUUUAUUUGAAAAGGUAAACAAAACUUCUCAAAAUAGAAACUACAUUACUUUGUAAAUAUGAUUUCAGUAUAACGUAUAAAAACGUAUAAUCUUAUUCGCAAUUUUCAAUACGAGAAGUAGAAUACUGUUGUAGUGCAGCUGCAAUACAACAAUAUUUCUAUCAAAGUGGCACUAUUUUUAUUAUUAUCAAAGUAACAAUAAGUACGAAUUUUUAAAUGACUGACGAACUUAAAAACAUAAUUUUUAUAAAAGCUGUCUCUAUUGAUACUAAAGCCUUCUAUAUAAAAGUGCAAAUAAUAGUUAAUAGAAUGUACGAGUUUUAUAUGAAACUAUGUAGAUAGCUGGUACAUUAAGAGACUUAAAGUAUAUAAGUAGAUCUAUAAAGUA